AAGCAAAAUUCGGAAAAGUGGGAGAAUCAAGCAAAAGAAUGUGAAAAACAUAAAGAACAAACUGAAAACAAAAUAAACGAAAUCCUAUCUUCUCACCUUAGCAUCAACAUUACCGAAAUAGAAAAUUUGACAACAAUCGAAAAAUUAGAUACCAUUCUAAACACUAUUAAACAAGAAGUUAAAGAAUGCUUGAAGUUGCUAGAAAUACCAUUCUAA